CAGAAUGGCAUCUCUGGCGUUUCUGAUUCUCGCUGCAUUCCUCAGCAACACUGCUGCCGCUCCGGCCCAGAAUACACCGGCGACAACGAACUCAGCACUUAGAAUCGAUGUCUCACCGAGUGCAGAACUGACACAGACCAGCGGACAUGCACAGCACGCUGUAAACGGAGAGGAAGACGACGCAUAUUAUUACACCUACGACGGCGAUGACACGGACGCAGCGGCACCGGCCGGCGUGGAAGACGAGUACGCGGCCGGCGGCGACGACAUGGUUGCGGCGGCGUCCAUGGCUUUCCGGCCGCUGUUCCGCUACCGGGCGCAGCAGAGGAACCGCCGGCGGAUGCGCGCCGAGCGCCGCUACCGCAGCAGCAGAAACCACUGGUGAUGCGGCGCGUUACGGCCGAGCCGACAGCAGCGGCUAUUGGCGAGCCGUGCCGUCAGCGUAUCACGUCCAGGAACCAGCGCACACGAGGUCGCUGUAUUGUACCUGCACCACUCCACAUUUGUCAAUAUCUCUUCAUCGAGUUCCUUUCUUGCCAAUAAAGGGCUUUCAGAUAGUUACAGGUUUAAAGUACCUCCGGGAGAUUCAGGAGACGACUGCCUGAGAACUACACGACACAGCGAAACAUACAUGUUUUAGUGGACACAGCAUCUCUCCAAGUUUUGAUUCUUGAUACGACCUGCACAGUAGUCGCAAAGCGCAACACUUGGAGACAGACGUGUCAGAAUAUG